UGCAGUCUGAGCACCGCUGCCUGCAGGAGCUGCUUUAUAAAGAGCUAAAUUUACCAGACUUUACGUUGUUUCCUGAGCUCUCACAAUUGGCCAGGGAGACGUAUAAAGUUCGGAGGACCUCCUUCCACUUGUGCACUGUUUCAUGACUCUGUGACACAAACAAAACGCACAGAACCUGAACGCAACAAGACAAGAGAAUAGUUCUUAUUUCACCAGAAACGAUGGCUUUAUCUGGAGUGAUGCUGCCGUCAUUUUCCACAUUCACAAACCAAAGAGAAAAAACAUGGGAAAACAGGUGGAAAGGAGACACGGACAAACUAGUCUCCAGCUGCUCCAUGCUUGAAAUGGUACACAACCUGGACAAUCACAGCAAAAGGGACGACGAGGAUCUGAGUAAUUACUUAGAUCUGGAUUUUAUUCUCGCCAACACGACUGGCUCAGACAGCACGGAGGAGUUUGUGGACCUCAGCAUGUACUCCACCGGGUCCUCUGCUCCGUCCUACCCGGCCGAGGAGCACCGAUCCCCGCCGCCGCCGUACGGAGCCAGCCUCAUGACGGAGCUGCUCCGCUCCGAGGGCUCCAGCUACGGCAUCCAGGGCAGGUUCUACCUCAACUUCCCCCGUCAGGACAUCAAGGUGGAGCCACCCAUGGACGGCUACGGACCCGUUCUGGGCAUGGUGCCCCAAAGCUGCAGCAAAAUCAAGCAAGAAGGGAACGUUUCGUGCAUGAUGUCGUCGUUCGAGCAGCCCAGAGUGGCCAUCUCUCCCCGGGCAGCCAGCAGCAUGACCCCGCCGCUCAGCCCGGAGGACCCGGAGCUGUGUCAGCCGAUGAGCUUCUCCCAGAAGUAUCACUCACAGACGGCUUUCUCGCACCACCCUCAGAUGCAGAUGUCCUACCAUGCUCCUCACACUGGCUUCGGGUUGUAUGAGGAAGGUCUCAGCCUGCAGCCCGGCUCACAGAGGCUGCUGCUCACUCCUCCGUCCUCUCCUCUCGAACUGCUGGAGUCCAAACCCAAGAGAGGACGACGCACCUGGCCGAGGAAGCGAACGGCGACGCACACCUGCAGCUACGCAGGCUGCGGCAAAACCUACACCAAGAGCUCUCACCUGAAGGCUCACCUGCGAACUCACACAGGUGAGAAGCCGUACCACUGCAGCUGGGAAGGCUGUGGAUGGAAAUUCGCCCGCUCCGAUGAGCUGACCCGUCAUUUCCGCAAACACACCGGACACAGGCCGUUCCAGUGUCACCUGUGUGAACGGGCCUUCUCCAGGUCUGACCACCUGGCACUCCACAUGAAGAGACACAUGUGAAGGUGCUCACAUAAGGACUUGGGAUGGGAGGGGGGGGGUUGUGUUAUUUUCUUUUCUAUUGUGAUUCAACUGAUGUAUUUUUUAUUUAAAUUGUUGUCAAAAUGACCAAAGUCUUUUUUAUAUGUAUUAUUGAAUGAAAAAAAGUUUUAGUGGUUUUAUAUUGUAAUAAUGUAGCUGGUACUACUUUGGUUCAAUAAAAGCUUUAGAAAAGCUUUGUUUGCUUUAGAACAGGCAGACCAAGAAGGGGCUGGCCCUGUAUAUAUAUAUAUAUAUACUACUCUUCUUUGACAGAACUGGAACGCUGUGUUUGACACAAAAGUGCCUUUCUAUGACUGCUACUGUAAAACUCUUAAUGAUAGAACGACAUGGCCAGGAAACAGAACAUGUUCUUAAUGACAGGGGUGAAAUGCACAUCGUUGCCUUACAUGUGCAGAGACAAUGUUUUAUUUAAACUGCCUCAAUGUCUGAACGGCCUGAACCGCUUUAUUUUAUUGCUCAUUCCUAUUUGGAGUUGCUGUUGUCUUCUCUUGUGUGAAAAUCCUGGAUCCAGCCCCUCUGUUUGCUAUCAGGGCUUGAUGUCCUGUGCAUUAUUUUUCACUUAAAUUUAUAUAAAUAUGUACAUGGUUUUUAUACUGUAAAAUGUAUAUUUAUUGUGAAUAUUAAAAACAAUGAAAUUGAA